ACGACAGGUGGUCGGCGACUCGACCCAGCUAUUCCGACCGAACAUCGACUUCUCAUGCUCAUCAUCAGCCGCUUUCAUACUCAAGCUAGAACGAUGUGCAGUGUAUUGUGUUGAAGUGUUCGUGGUGACAUGGCGUCCGUUUAUUAAGCGCUGUACAAGUUUAUACUUAAAAAAAUUGUUUAUUUACAAUGCGUGUGAAUUAUGAUCGUGUUUGUAGACUGUGCUUGUCAUCUCGAGGCGAAUUACUGCCGAUAUUUCCUACCACCAGUUCGGAUGACUCGGAACCUCCUGGCCUCGCCUCAAAAAUCAGGGAUUGCGUGUCUGUAGAGAUAAACGAAGAUGACGACCUGCCAACUAAUGUUUGCAGAAAAUGCUGUGACAAUGUCAAUAACUGGCACAUUUUUAAGGAUAUAUGUGAAAGGUCACAAAACAAACUACAUACACUCAUUAAAAAUGAUGGCAGCCAACUAGAAGAGGUGCAAAUUAAAAGUGAACCUUUAUCUGAUGAGGCAUAUGAUGAUGGAGUGGUUAUUGAAGGAUCAUACCCUGACCUUGAGUGUGCGUCUACAUCGAGCAAAGUGCAAGCAGAAGGCCCUCCUAUCUUGGCUUCACUGGGUCUCACACCGAGGAGUGAUAAGGGGAUGGAGAGCGAAAAUAACGAUGAGGACGAUGAAGAUAUGAACGAAGAAGAGAUGCAUGAGUCCGUUCAACAGUAUCCCAGCAUGCCAGCUAUGCCUGAGGUCUCUAUUACUGUGAUGCGUCCCUCAGGAGAGACGUUGCACGCUCGGCAAGGGAUCCAACAACUAGCUUCUAAAGAGUGCCUCGUGUGCGGCCGAUCUUACAGAUAUUCACAUAACGCCAGGCGACAUGAACUUAAUGCUCACAGUUUUGACAGAUAUACUAACAAAGUAACAGCCAAAAAAUCACACAACACACACAUGCAGCCAAAACUUAGACCCAAUCCGUUCAAUCCCAAAGCAAGGCUCAUGCCUAAUCCUAUUAGUCAUAAAAUGCAGUUGAUCCCUAAAGGGAUUAAUGCAAAAAUCAUACAGAAUAAGGCUCUUGCCCCACCAAAACCGAUACCGGUGAGAACACCAAAGGGAAACCAAAAUAAUUUGCCAUACCCGCUUCGUAUUAAGGCAUUAAAAGACUUACAAAUAAAGAAAAAGGAACCACAAAUCCUAAAGACUCUCUUGACUACGAAACCCGAAAUUUUGGUAUCUGAACCGGAAAUUCUUAAUUCUGGUCCGGAAAGUCCUGAGACUUUGAUAUCUGAACCGGAAAUAGCUUCGUUUCAGGUAGAGACUAUACUUUCAGAACCGGACACUUUUAUUCCUCAAGAUGAUGAUGAUGUCGAUGGUGAAAUGCAUAAUAAUCAUAGUCAUAAUUACGAUACCGUUGACAUGGAUUCUGAAAAUGAGAUUGAGAUAGCUCGUGAAAAAGAAAAUGCUGGUGAAGAUGAAGGAGACUGUGAAGGCGAUGGUGAUGGUGAAAGCGGUGGUGGUGAUCAUCUGGUUAUAAAUGAAGGGGAAGAAGGUAACGAAAUGGAUAAUGAUGAUGAAAAUAACAUGGAAAGACAUCAAAGCGACAAUGAAAAUGAUCAAGCAGAUGACAAUGGCGACAGCCAGGAUGGAGAAGUCGGCAACGAGAACGAUGGCAGAGAAGAUGAAGAGAAUGGACAUGAAACCAAAGAAGGCGAAGAAGGAAAUGAUGAACGAGACGAUGAUCAGAUGGAGUAUAAUCAAGAUGAUGAUGAUGAGGAACUGCCUCCUAUUGCACCCGUUGUCGAAAUCAAUGAAGAUAUGCAAACAAAUUCAUACAACAGUGAAGGAAAUGAUGAAGAUCUGGACGAAACGGCCGACCCCAAUGACACAGUAGAGGACGUCAAGGAACUCGAUCCUGAUAAACUUUACGUGACAAAGACUCAGAGAGAUUUCAUACUCAAAUAUCGCGAUAUAAUUGAACAGAUUAAUACAAAAAGAUGUCUUUGCUGCGAUAGAGAACAUCCACGCCGCAAAGCUGUCAUACAACAUUUGCAGAAAAAUGGACACAAAGUCCCCAAACACACGUGUUACAACUGCGUUGUUACGUUUGGCCAUAUCGGCGCCCUGCUCAGUCACAUGCGCUCCAAUACUUGCACAGAUCUAUGGAAGAUUAUUUACAAUGAAAAUGGAAUCACCGAAGAUUUAGUUCUAGAGGAUGAACCUAAAGAUACCAAAGUAGCAUAUAAAGAUAUAUUCAAUGCUAGGUCUUAUGCUUGCAAAUUAUGUCCAGCUAAAUUCCAAUUAAAACAAUUUAUAAUGAAACACGUGCUGGAUGUGCAUGAAGAUGGCCAGUCUCGCGUGCAACUCGUCUGUGUUCACUGCAAUUCGAGAUUCAAAGAUAAGGCGUUGUGGAAGAGGCACAUACGCAACGGAGAAUGCACCGUUUAUAUUUCAUGCGAUUUGUGUUCCGAAAGAUUUGGCAACAUGCAACAUUUCAACGACCACGCAUUAGCCGUACACGCCGGGAACUUCGACCAAUCUGAUAAUCAGAACAAAUGCGUCGAUGGACGACCGACCGAUUGUCCCGUUUGCGGGAAGAAGAACAGUAGCUAUCCAAAUUUAGUUAAACAUUUAAAGAUUAUUCACAACGAGGAGAAACCUCAUUACUGCCAGCACUGCGAUUCUAAAUUUGAGCAAGCUGCUGAUCUAAACAAGCACAUCUAUAUGGAGCAUUCUGAUAGAACAUUAGGCAUGCAGAGCAACGAGCCCGACAUGUCGCUAGUGAAGGAGGAAGCCGAGGAAUACCACUACUCUUGCACAGAAUGUAACGCCAUAUUCGAAACUGUCGACGCUUGGACGGAUCAUCAGGUGGCCGAACAUAAUCAAGUCGCUCACCACUGCGAUCAAUGCGACAAGAAAUUCUUAAGACCGUCGGAACUCGCAGAGCACAAAAAUACCCAUUUGAGAGUUAAAUUUUAUCCUUGCAACAUUUGCUCCAAUUCUUACAGCACGCCCCAAAAGCUUUCGGAACACGUUCAGCAAAACCAUCCUGGAGCCUCUGGGGCGUACGCGCCUGUGGACUAUGACUUCUUUUGCGACAUAUGCAUCAGGUCGUUUAAAAGUCGACAGGCCUACUCGAAUCAUAUGCGCAUACAUGCCAAGGUCCCUACCACCAAUAGAAAACCCGGCGAACCUAAAGGAUUCGCUCCCCAAAUUGUCGGCAAGCCAAUUAGAUCCUUCUCGAUGGUACAACCUAAUUAUCUUUCUUUCAAACCAAAUUGUAACGUUCCGAAUGCGCCUUACUCCUGUGAUAUCUGUGGAAAAGGUUUCAUGCACAAGAAAAAUAUUUGGAAGCACAAGAAAGUGCUACAUGCGGAUACAACGGACCGAAAUGAUAGCGAGGAAAAUACUAUGCAGGCAUCCACCGAAGAAGACGAAUACAAUUUAGACGAAAAUGGUGCCGUCCUUUCGACGCCGCAAUUCAAUAGCUUUAAUUUUACUAAUUUAGCAAACAACUUGCAACAACAGACCGUACAGACUCCACAGGAAGCCGCGCCUUAUUCCUGCGAAUUAUGCUUCAAACGGUUUCCUCUCAGGACAAGUUUGUGGAAACACAAACGCGCCAAGCACGGAAUCAUCAACGCCAGCGCCAGCGGCAGCUCAGACUCACCAAUAAUGGCCGGAGAAGGCGGCAGAUCAAGUUGCACUAUUUGUAAAAUCACUUUUUCAGACAAAAAAUCUUACUAUCGUCACAGAAAGAACGUUCACAAGUCUUCUUCGCAAAUGUGCAAAAUAUGCGGAAAACCAUUGAAUUCCACAUUAGAAUUAUAUGAGCAUCUCAAGGCUGCGCAUGCCAGAGAGUUGCUUGGAUAUAAUGCGAGUCAAGGUCCCACUAAACAAGAGGUUACCCAAGAAUUGGAAGGGGAAUAUGACGGUGAUCAGGAUUCGGUCGACCCCAGUGCGGAAUAUCAAGCCCGCUAUCCGUGUGACCAAUGUGGCAAACAAUUCGUCGGAUUGCUCGCGUUGCAGAACCACCAAUGCGUAAACCAAGUACAAUCAUCGCCCCAGACCUUCGACUGUGAAAUAUGUCACAAGAGUUACACCUCUAUUUCUGCACUAAAGAGCCAUCGUGGUUGGCAUUUGCGUUCUCCGGAUGGCAAAGCGGCCGCCAACAAUUCGGGCCUGUGGAUGCCUCAGCAUAAAGUCACUAGCAAGGUCAGUAAACACGAGGUGGUCGAUCCUUCGCAACUCGCACGCGUCUCCCACUCGACGCCGACACCCGCCAGCGUUGCCAAGAGGAGACUGCCACCGGAAGUCGAGGUCACAGUCGUAAAUCCCAAUAAGAAAUUGCGUUCCGACGAUUCUGUGGAAUUAGAACAACAGAACAAUUCGUCCACCGGCGCCGAUGAUAGGUACUGCAACAUAUGCGACAAAGAGUUUACCAAGCGAGCGGCCUACCAGCGGCACAUGGACGAGGUACACCAGCCUAACUCCGUGUUCUGUCCCGUAUGCGAGAAGAGUUUUACGCGCAAAUCGACGUUGAUCGUCCACAUGAAGAAACACUACGGCGGCGAGGGUAGCUCCUCCGCCGCGGAUCAGAACGAGGACGACAGCCUUGCGUGCGACGUUUGUGGGGCACAGUGCGAUAACGAGAACGCUUUAAGAGCCCACCGCGCCAUGCAACACGGUGAUGAUUCGGGAGAAUCUGAAGAUGAGGGCAGCACUGCUCCUCCCCCGGGUGAGUUUACAUGCGGACAGUGCGGGGACGGCGUGGCGACGCCGCGAGACCUGAUCGCGCAUCGCACCAUGCACGCCACGCCUACCAAGUUCUACUGCAACAUCUGCAAGGUAUACUUCGCGCGCGCAAUCGACCUAUCGUCACACACUCGCGCGCGGCACUCAGACAACGAGAAGGUGUUCUUCCCGUGUGCGAUGUGUGACAGGUUCUACAUGAACAAGAAGAGUUUGCAGCGGCACAUUGAGAUGGCUCACUGACCGUCUGCCGGCCAGCCAUCUCCGGCUUCUACGGCGAAAUAGCUCUAAUUCCUAUAGAGUCGACGUUAAAGUGAGUCAACUGAUACCAUAAAUCUUUCCGUAGUUGUAAAUAAUUAUAGGCUACGCGAUCUUUGGAUCUUAUUUCGAUGAUACAGCAGUGUAACUGUCUUAAAGUCUUUCGAGUAUCAUGGCAUUGUCAUUCCUUGACUGUUAUUUGGUUUUAUUUCUUUAAUGCAUAGGAAGUUUAUAUUUCAUUUAUUAUUUUAAGUCUUUGCUCAUUUGUGUUAUUUAUUGCACUAUUCUGUUCAUUGUGAUUUUUGGGAGUCUGUUGCAAAUGUUAUUUUGUAAUGGUGAUUACAUACUCGCAUUUGAUGAGUCGGACGUACUUAUCAUGAUAUUUUGUAUUUGUGUUGGGAAAAAAAUAUCCUCUGUAUUUCUAUAUGCAUGCGUUACUAUUAUUAUUGGAACAAUGGGCCAAAAUUAUAAAGUAGUCAAACCCAGUCAUAAAUUAGCGGUUUUAUUUUUAUAUUUCUUGUAUAAGUAUCGUUUGUUUGUUUUGGGUAAAGUCAUUGCGAUUGGUGUCGAUUUUUUUUUUAUAUUUUAAGUUUAGGAAAUAAAAACACAUUUUUAAUGUAAAUAGUUAUCAUGACGAUAAUUCGUUAGGAUAUUCAUAAUUUUUUUGACUAAAAAUGGUCAUUUAAGUUUCGUUACAAUGUACUGAUUAUUUCAUAGUAAUUUCAACAUGUAUAUUUUAUACACAUGGAACUAACCACUAAUGGCAUAUCUCCUCGUCUAUACUUAUAUGUCGUCGGGCCUACGAGUUAUGAACUGUACAUUUUAGACUAUAAAUCUAUUAAAAUAUGUAUUAAAAUUUCCUAAGAAAUUACGAUAUACUUUUGCACAGCCGACUUAAAUCUAGUUUUAUGGUAAUAUAUAAUAGUGCCAAAAAUUUGCUUGAUUCAUUUCAAAUGUAGGUUAAUUUAGGUUAAACUUUUUAAUAUAAGAAACUGUAAAUUAUCGUAUGUAAAUGAUAAACUAUAAAUGUAAAAUGUUAUUCAGAAUAAAAAAAAGUUUCAUAAAUCCAUUUCCAUAUUUUACAAAAAAUAAUCGAUGUAUAGCUAAAUAAUAAAUGUUUAGCGUAUCUUAUUAAUAUUGAAAAUAAUACAAUAAAUUGUACGAUUUUUACUAUUUGAAGACAUAAAGAGUAUUUUAUUAUAUUAAAAUUAAAUGAUCUAAUCAACAUAACAUUUAAUAGUUUUUUGUCACCUAGACCAAAUUUUCUUUUUGUAUCAUGCUUAUGUCAAAUGUAUUCACAUUCAAAAUAAAAAUAAGGCAAUGAAAUCUUUUUAAUUUUAUAUCGUGAAUCGCAUUUGAUUGAAAAAAAUCUGCCAAUUUAUUGAAAAAAAAGUCUGCUUUGAAUUAACUUAGGCGCAAAUUAUAUAGGAACGGCGUUAAGUGAAGGCGCAGGUUCUUACCUCUUUAAAACAUUUUCAAUUUAAUAUGUAGAUAGGCGACACUAUGUGAAUUGUACUCAUGCCGGGUGCCACGUUUUUUUUUGUUCCACGCCUGCUUGCUGUGCCGUGUCUUUACUGUAAGCCGUUUUUGUAUAAUUCGCGUCUUCGUAGAAUAGAUCCCAUGUGACUGAUAUAUUGAAUGUUUUUCAAACACUAUUUAAAGAAUUAUUGUGAUAUGUUUUCGAUUAUCAAUAUGAAACUUGUAAAUAUUAAGUUUCUUUUAAUUUAUAUUUUUAAGAAAACUAUAAUACAAAUUAAAUUAUAAGAAGUGUCAUGUUAAAGAAUGUUGGUAAAUGUUGCUGAUGGUACUUGAUUUGGAAAUUCACAUCUAGUGAAUAUUCAAUAAUAAUUUUGUGGGCCAUAGAUGAGGUUUAAUUUUGUCAUCAUUGUGGUUUGGUAAAUAAAGUGACUUAAUUAAAUUA